GGGAUGUUGGGGGUGUGUGUGUGCGUGUGUGUGUGCGGAAACUGACAGGUAGAGAGCUGCCGUCUCUCGGUGAGUUGCAGGCAAUGCAGCGAACAGAUUUAGUAAAUAUUCCGUUAUGAGGUUCAUGCAAACGGCCAGAGCCACUAUGUUCGCGUAGCCCCGGCUCCAGACUUGACUUCGGCAGUGGACGUGGGCGAGGAGACCCGCAGGAGCAAACCGGGAAAUCCAACUGUCAGCUGGCCGGGAAAACCGAUCGCACCACCCGGCUUCCGGGGAUUCAAGGGCCGCGUCGGUAGACAGCAGACGUCGGCCGGGGUAGCUCCGGGGAGUGAGGGCGAAACAACCACAUCAUCGCCGACAUCCAUCUCUCGAUCUCAGCGACUUUCGAGAUGUCAAGGAAGCUACAGAGGACGGAGGUCUGCGCCGACUGCAGUGCGCCAGACCCGGGCUGGACCAGUAUCAACCGAGGGGUCCUGAUCUGUGAUGAAUGCUGUUCAGUCCACCGCAGCUUAGGCCGCCACAUCUCCAUAGUCAAGCACCUGAGGCACAGCGGAUGGCCUCCCGCACUCCUGCAGAUGGUUCAGACCUUGGCCAGUAACGGGGCCAACUCAAUAUGGGAACACAGUCUCCUGGACCCUGCUCAGGUACAGAGCGGUCGGAGGAAACCCAACCCCCAGGACAAAGUCCAUCCCACUAAGUCAGAGUUCAUCAGAGCAAAGUACCAGAUGCUGGCCUUUGUGCACAAGCUGCCCUGCCGUGACGAUGAUGGCGUCACUACCAAGGACCUUAGUAAGCAACUGCACUCGAGUGUGCGGACGGGGAGUUUGGAGACAUGUCUUCGGCUCCUGUCACUCGGCGCGCAGGCCAACUUCUUCCACCCGGAGAAAGGCACCACCCCGCUCCAUGUGGCAGCCAAGGCGGGGCAGAUCCUGCAGGCCGAGCUGCUGGUGGUGUACGGCGCUGACCCCGGAGCGCCUGACAUCAACGGACGCACGCCUAUGGACUACGCGAGGCAGGCCGGCCACAUAGAGCUCGCAGAGCGGCUGGUCGAGUGUCAGUACGAACUGACGGACAGACUCGCUUUCUACCUGUGUGGACGGCGUCCAGAUCACAAGAAUGGCCAUUAUAUCAUUCCUCAAAUGGCAGACAGAGCUCGUCCUAAGUGCCCAACACAGAGUCUGGACCUCUCCGAAUUGGCCAAGGCGGCCAAGAAGAAGCUCCAAGCGCUCAACAACCGACUGUUUGAGGAGCUAGCGAUGGACGUCUAUGACGAGGUAGACCGCCGAGAAAACGAUGCAGUUUGGCUUACGACCCAGAACCACAGCACGCUGGUCACCGAGCGCAGCGCGGUGCCCUUCCUGCCCGUCAAUCCUGAAUACUCUGCCACGCGCAACCAGGGCCGCCAGAAGCUGGCUCGUUUCAACGCCCGGGAGUUCGCCACGCUCAUCAUCGACAUCCUGAGCGACGCCAAAAGGAGACAGCAGGGGAAAGGACUCAGCAGCCCUACUGACACGUUAGAUCUGGGCAUCGAUGAUGACCAGCAUGACUACGACAGCGUAGCGUCGGAUGAAGACACAGACAGCGAGCUGACCACGCAGAACAACAACAACACGCAACGCAGCAACCGUGCAAAGAGCAUGGACUCAUCAGACCUGUCAGACGGCCCCAUCACCCUGCAGGAGUACCUGGAGGUGAAGAAGGCCCUGGCCUCCUCAGAAGCCAAGGUGCAGCAGCUGAUGAAGGUCAACAACAACCUGAGCGAGGAGCUCCGGCGGCUCCAGAAGGAGAUCACGCGGAUGCAGACAGAGAACAGUGCGCUGCGGGGGUGCCAGCAGGCUGGGGGGCCAGCUGGCCAUGGGGUAGGGGGACCUGGCGGAGGAGGAGGAGGAGGAGGAGGAGGAGGAGGGGGUGGAGGAGGAGGCCACUGGCAAGGGGGCGGGAUGAGAGGAGGUGUAGGCGGAGGGGGCCCGGGUGGGUUUGGGACAGGAGUGGACCCCCCAGGGCUGUCGGUGCCCUCCUCAGUCGCCCCCAACUCCCACUCCUACCGAAGGGACCGCCAGGCCUUCUCAAUGUACGAGCCAGGGGCGGCCCCCGGCCCCACGGCCCAUGGUCCCCCAGUCCUGGACUCCCUGGCAGCCCGCCUGCAGCCCCUCAACACACCCAGCGUACGGAAGGGCGGCACAGGGGGCCCGGCGUCGUACGGGGGCCAUCAUCUGUCUGGGUCGACCGAGAUGGGCCGAUACAUGGGGACCAAAUCGGAGAAGCACGGCAGCGGCACCGACAGCGACUAUGACAACACGCAGACGUACGACUUCUCGCUAAGUAUGGGCCGCAGCAGCGAGGAGGAAGGCCGUGGGGAUUCUGAGGAGGGGGGAGGUGGGGAGGCGUGGGAGCCAGACCCCACCUUGCCCUGCACAGAGGACGUCAUACUGAAGACCGAGCAGGUGACCAAGAACAUCCAGGAGCUGCUCAGGGCUGCUCAGGAGUUCAAACACGACAGCUUUGUUCCGUGCUCCGAGAAGAUCCACUCUGCUGUCACUGAGAUGGCCUCUCUCUUCCCCAGACGCCCGGCGUUGGACGCGGUGCACAGCUCCCUGCGCUUGUUGGCUUCCAGCGCCUCGCGGUUGCAGGUGGAGUGCCGCAAGGCGGCGCCCUCGGAGCCCGGGGGCCCCGCGGUGGACUACCAGCUGCUCACCCAGCAGGUCAUCCAGUGCGCCUACGACAUCGCCAAGGCUGCCAAGCAACUGGUCACCAUCACGACCCGGGAGAAGAAACAGUGACCCGACAAAAUGCGUGGAACGGAUGGAGAGGGGAGGGGCCAAGAAAGAUGGGAGGAGCUUCUUAAACAGGAGACGGAGGGUGGAAACCUGAUCACACUGCGUUGUAAAGAGGGAGGGGGAGUGACUGAUGGGGCGCAAUGAGGAAAGAAGACGUUUGGAAUAUGCAUGGAAAAAAAGGAAUCGGAUGAAAGCAAAAGAUAAUUGAUUGUUUAGUAGAAACACCACUGAGGGCCGGAGAAGGGAGAAAUUCCACAAGUGCGGAAGAGAAAGUAGAGAAAGGACAAGUGGGAGGAUCCCACACGGGAACGACGGCCUGCCUAAGUGACCUGUUGGAAUCAGACGUGUAUAAUAAACCGCUACAAACUGUGACGAGCACGCGUGAGACGCUGAGCGAUGUACAGUGAACCGGCUACCGGAGACGUUACCGCUUUUUUUAAUUUAUUCUGACCCGUCACUCGUCGUCCCUCUCUCGCCCCGUUUACCUGAGCUAGAAGAGUGAGGGAGGGUACGCCGCGAAGAGGGAAGUAGAACGACCCGCCGCGACAUACGCCGCAUCAUCUCCAUCCCCUCCGUACGGCGGAGUCAGGACGUUCUCUCUCUCUCUCUCUCUCUCUCUCUAUCUCUCUCUCUCUCUCUCUCUCUCUCUCUCUCUCUCUCUCUCUCUAUCUCUCUCUCUCCAACCAGACAUGAGGCUCUCCUCUGUCUCCUUUCCCGUCCCAGACAGGAUGUGCUUGCGGUGCAGAGAAGAGACCCCCCCCCCUUAUUGUCGGUGGUACACAGCAUGGUCCGGCAUGUUUUAAUUUCUUUCCUCUCUUGCUUCGUCGUCGUCUUUUUCUUUGUUGUGUUUUAAUACGCAGAUGGGUUUGGUCUGCACUUUAAAUUUUUUUAUUUUUUUUUUAGCUUUUCUUUUUUACACGGACAAAGAUUACUGACUUACACUGGAAUAAUUUUUGUGUUAUUGUUGUUGUUUAUCAUGCCUAUUGUUUUUUUUUUUUUUUAUUGAUAUUUUUACUGUCAUCUUGAUUUAACUGUUUAUGUAUGUUUUUAUUCUUAUUGUCUCUCAAAUACGAUUCUCAUUUUCAUGUGCUCAACUGGGAUUCACGAAAACACACAGACACACACACACACACACACACACACACACACACAGACACGUUUUUGGUGUUGAUUUUCUGUCACACCGAGAGCCCCUCGGUGCAUGGGGACAGGACCAUUUGCCUCAUUUAGCAGAGCCAGUGGAAUCAUCUCUUCAAUCAGUAUGCCAUGUACACGGUGGGUGUGCACCCGGGUGCUUAUAUUACACAGCAGCCACUAUUUGCAUGCAUGCAGACAAAUGUUUAGUCCCAUUAGGUCGAUGCACAUGUAUGUUGCAGUGCCGCUUGAAGUCGUCCCGACUGAGAGAUGCUCAUCACUUCACCCCGAGGAGAACGCGUUGCUCAUCCGAGACGGAUUCAACCCCUGAUGUAGUUUGUGUCGCGUCGACGUCUCUCGAGUGUCCGGUGAUCUCGGAUCGAGGCCACGAGAGUUUGGGAGCAAAGAAGAGAGCGCACCCUGAGCUCACUGUGGGUGUAAAGCUUGUUGAACUGAUGCCGAAGGAAUCUGUAACCAAGGCUGGCAGGUGGGAUGUAACAUGUUUACCUCGCUGGCAGGAGGACCGUCCUCUUCUGGUUUGGACUCACCACUGACCUCAAAGUGUUGGUCUUGCGUUGGUAUAUUCUAUAUUCUAUAAUCCGGCUCGGUGCUCAGACGGCCUCUUGCACAUAAAAUUGACUUGCCUGAAACACUGACCUCCAAACAGCUGUUGCAUCUCAUCAUUUUUUUUUUUUUUUUUUGUCCUCGUACUGCAAUUAGACCUCAAUUAGCCCCGGACACUUUGAGAGGCUGAUGCUAGACCACCGUCAGCGCAUCCCUGUCCACUUUAUUCAUGUUUCAUUUUUCACUUCCUUUUUUUUUCAUCACUCUCGCACUCUUUUUUUUUUGUUUGUUUGUUUUCUGUACCCUGUCAACACCGAUCAUGUCCAGAAGUCUCGUGAAAUGUAUCAUCAUCGUCAUCUCCAUCAUCACCAUCAUCAUCAUCAUCAUCAUCUCCUGACAGCAAAAGCAAAGAAACACCGGUCCCUUCAAUCACGAUUGCCCAAGUUCUAGACUCCUUAUAUACGAACAUAUAUUUUCAUGCUAUAUUUUAUAUUAAGCUAUACGUUGGGGUGUGUCUGCGAGAUAUUUCAGUCUAUUUUGUCGGCCCCGCGUGGGCUUCAGGCUACGGGAGAGCUUCAUUCAGCGCUUCAGACUUGACACCAAUGUACUUGUAGAUAUUUUGAGUCUCGUGAAAUAUGGUUAUGCUUGUGGUAUCGGCCCCUUUUUUUUUUAAUGUAGUUAUAAGUGUACAUAUUAGCGAUCCUACCACGAGGAGCCAGAACACCAGUUUGAUGCUCCAUCUUCAAACACCCCGCUGGGUGAAGUAGGAUCUACGCGAUGUACCCCCCCCCCCCCCCCCCCGAAGUUCUUCACUCAAGUACAUUGCGUGCAGGAUGCAGGGUUUGACCGAUGGGAACGGUCUGAAGCGCUACAGUCAUCUCAAAAUGUUAAGAGGGGGGAGAGGGGGGGGGGGGGAGAUCAACAAUGCACAUGGCCCGGUCCUUCCCCCCCCCCCCC